AAAACAUAGGUUUUGUCACUACCAACUGUAAACUCAACAAGAACAACUUGCGCCCGUUACUUCCAACAAAUAUCCAUAUGCAUAUAUAAAUUCAUUUAUAAAAUCCAAGUAGCAAGAUAAUAUAACCUUGAUCAAUGAAGAUUGCAUUUCAUUUGUUUGUUCAUUUCAGUCUACUCGUUUUCGUGUCUUGCUAUGGCGGCAAUGGAUAUGACCCUCUCGAGAACGUGUUAAAGAUCCAACGUUCCAGAAGAUCAAUAUCGAAUCAUGAAAAUAACGAAGAUGUCACAGUCCAGAACUCGUAUACUCCGGUCUAUGUAGGCCCACAAGAUGGGUUAAAGGAGGCCGACAAGAUAUCAGAGUUGCCAGGUCAGCCAGCCGGAACAAACUUUGACCAGUACUCAGGGUAUGUGACUGUUGACCCGAACCACGGAAGAGCACUGUUCUACUAUCUUGCAGAGUCACCUGUCAACUCUUCCACUAAUCCUCUUGUACUCUGGCUCAAUGGAGGGCCGGGCUGCUCUUCGUUUGGAAACGGGGCCAUGAUGGAACUUGGACCGUUUCGAGUCAAUCCUGAUAAUACAACACUGUCACCGAAUAAAUAUGCAUGGAACAACGUUGCAAAUGUGCUGUUCUUGGAAUCCCCUGCUGGAGUUGGAUUUUCUUACUCCAACACGUCUACAGAUUAUCAAACCGGAGACAUACAAACAGCGAAAGAUUCGUAUACAUUUCUAGUCAACUGGCUUGAAAGAUUCCCGGAAUACAAAACUAGAGAUUUUUACAUCACGGGAGAAAGCUACGCAGGGCAUUAUAUUCCUCAACUCGCACAGUUAAUUCUUCAAAACAACGAGAUCACCAACCAAACCGUCAUUAACCUUAAAGGAAUUGCAAUCGGAAAUGCAUAUAUUGAUGAUGAAACGGCAAACACGGGAAUGUUCGACUAUUUCUGGUCACACGCCAUCAUUUCUGAUGAAAUCCAUGAAGGGAUCGUCUCUAACUGCAACUUUACCGAAGGUGGAACGAAAACAGUUGAAUGUGAUGAAUAUGAAGGUCAGGCAAAAGCCGCUAAAAGCAACAUCUUCUUCUAUGACAUCUAUGCUCCCUUAUGUUCAUCAUCAAGCAACGGCACUCCCUCAAUAUCGGAAUUUGAUCCAUGCACUGAAAAUUACAUCUACUCAUACUUGAACACUCCUGCUGUGCAACAAUCGCUUCAUGCAAAACCGAUUCAAUGGGAAUCUUGCAGUGGAUUAAUCGGCUUAUUUUGGAAGGACGCGCCUUUUACAGUGUUGCCUGUUAUUCAGGAUCUAAUGGCCAGUGGAAUCAGUGUUUGGCUCUACAGUGGAGAUACAGAUGGAAGAGUACCGGUGACUUCAAGUAGAUAUGCUAUAAACAAACUACAAACAUCAGUCAAGACCCCAUGGUACCCAUGGAUGUAUCAAGGCGAGGUUGGUGGGUAUGUUGUGGGAUACCAGAACUUAACAUUUGUGACGAUAAGAGGAGCUGGACACUUCGUCCCAAGCUACCAACCGGCUCGUGGGCUUGCAUUCUUCUCGUCGUUCUUGGAGGGAAAGCUUCCAUGAACAAUUAUCCAGUCUCCACAUUUGGAUUUCUAAAAGUUCAAGAAAGAAAGUGUUAAGAUUGAUCUUUAAUCAUGGGCUCAACUUUUGGUUAUUGUUUUUGAGAUUACCUCAAGUUAUGUUGCAAGUAAUCUUUUUUGGUGUAUGAUCAUAAUUCUACCCUGUAAUGUAAAUCCCUUGCAUUACUUGCA